CUGGGGGAUGUGCCUAUUUGUGCUGUGACGCUGCUGCAUGUAAAAUUAGCUGGCUGCAGCCUUUCAGGGACACCUCUUGCGGACCGCUGGAGCCCACAGUGCAAUAAACAUGGCAGCAGAGCUCUCCACUUCCAUUAACAUCAAGGAGCCCCGGUGGGAUCAGAGCACAUUCGUAGGUCGGGCUAAACAUUUCUUCACUGUCACUGACCCCAGGAACAUCCUCCUCACCAAUGAACAACUAGCUCAUGCACACAAAGUCAUCACUGAGUACAGGCAAGGUAUAGUGUCUCCAGGACUGACAGAAGAUGAGCUGUGGAGAGCCAAGUAUGUUUUUGACUCUGCUUUCCAUCCUGACACUGGGGAGAAGAUGAUCCUGAUCGGCCGCAUGUCGGCGCAGGUUCCCAUGAACAUGACCAUCACUGGAUGCAUGAUGACAUUUUACAAGACAACUCCAGCUGUGUUGCUCUGGCAGUGGAUCAAUCAGUCUUUCAACGCAAUAGUCAAUUACACCAACAGGAGCGGUGAUGCGCCGAUCACAGUCAGUCAGCUUGGCACAGCUUAUGUGUCUGCUACCACAGGGGCAGUUGCCACCGCUCUAGGACUAAAUGCACUAACAAAGCACAUCUCCCCCCUGAUUGGCCGGUUUGUUCCAUUUGCUGCUGUAGCUGCUGCUAACUGUAUCAACAUCCCCCUGAUGAGACAGAGGGAACUUCAACACGGCAUUCCCAUCACAGAUGAGAACGACAACAGGAUAGGAGAGUCAACGAAAGCUGCGCAGCAGGCUAUCUCUCAGGUCGUGGUCUCCAGAAUCCUCAUGGCUUCUCCAGGAAUGGCUAUCCCCCCGUUUUUAAUGAACCAUUUGGAGAAGAAGGCUUCCUGAAGGUAGUUCCCAUGGAUGAGUGCACCUAUUCAAGUCGGCCUGGUGGGAUUCUGCCUGGUGUUUGCCACUCCACUCUGCUGUGCACUUUUCCCUCAGAAGAGCUCUAUGUCAGUCAGUCGCUUGGAGCCGGAGCUGCAGGAGAAGAUCCGGGCCAACCAUCCCGGAGUGGAGAGGGUCUACUUCAACAAAGGGCUAUGAGAGUGUGGCCCCCCUCAUCCAAACACUGCCAUAACACAGCUGCAGGCUCAGUCGUCUCUCUGCCAGCCCUCCUCAUUCAGUGUGCCAAAGUUAAGUUUGUGUCUUCUCAUUUCUACCAUUCAGAUGGAUAUCUGAGGACGCCCUCUCUCACUUUCUCUGUUCUGUAAUGACAUGUUUGCUUUUGUCAGUGUGAUGGUUGAUUUAAUUGUAACUACUUGAGCAGAUAUUCUACAACUGGGCCAGAGGAAAAGUGGGAUCCAUUGUAUUGGCCCAUCUAAGGUUCUUUUAAGUAGACUUACUUUGUGCAGUAUUUUUUUUAAGUUGGUGACUUGUCUUUGUGUGGCGCUGCCAAACCGUUUUUAUUCUCUCCUACCUGAGGUUGGCAGAUCAUUUACUACCUACUUUGUAAUUCAUCAUAAUUAGAACAUUGGAUACUCAAAGACCUCUGCACAUCAUGCAUUUGCCAAUUCUGUCCUAACAUCAUUUCUUUAGAACUCAUUGACUUUUAAACCUCUGAUAGGUUACAGUGUUAUUUCAAUGAAAAGCUUUUAAACUUAUUUUGAUUCAGUUGAUUUUUGCCAAAUAAGGGACCUUUAGUGAGCUAUGAAGCGUUUUGAUGUUUAUUGAACCUGAAAACCGUUCUCCAGGGAUCCACCCUAAAAAAUGUGAUUCUAUGGUGUUGGCAGCCAUUAACGGGCCAACCCGGUGCUAUUAGAUGUCUUAAUUAUCAGUGUUUAAACUUAUAUUUAUUCUGCUUGCCAAACACGCAUGAACAAACCACUCCUCAUACACACGUCGUGGUAUUUAACCCAUUACAGGAAACACAAUUGUACUGUAUAUUUAAUUGCACCCAGGCUUUCUCACACACAUGAGAAAUCAGGAUAAUAAUGAUUAAAUAGAGUGUGGCUCUAAUGUACCUUUUUCGUAAUCUUCAGUGGUAAACCCAGGAUUUUUGGAUCACAGUAUUUGAUACCGCCAACAUCCAAUAACUCAUUCAUGCCUUACACAAACUUGUAUGGUUUUAACCUUCUGUACCAGAACGUAGCAUCCUAAGAGGUUCAAUUAUUUCCACACAAAGUGGAAAGUCUCAGAGUAAGAGGCUGUUUUACCAGGAUGUUUUUGAAGUAUUAUUGUACAUUUGUACACAUUUGAAGUCUGUGUUGUUCAGAGUCUUGAGGAAAAAUGUGACAAAGCAAAGAUGAUAUGCACAACUGACAAACGCAUGCUUUGGUAAUAACCUUUUCAACUCUAACCUGUUCUGUAGGACCUCAAUAACCACACAUUAAGGUCACCUGAUCACCUCACAGAAAUGCUAUCACCUAAGCCUGGUGGGUUUGAUGAGGGUUAUUAACAAUCUCCUGCUUAGGGUUCUGUUAUAUUUUUGCUUUUAUAAGGCACACGUAAACCUCAGUUAUUAUCUGCAGUUACAUCACAGCUCUCUGGUAUUGCGCUGAUAAAACAGGUGCAGUCUGAUGUCGUAACUUUUCUUCUGUUCCUCCCAUGCACUGUUCACUAUUCAGUAGAAUAUCUGUGUCUGAUAUGCUUGAACACAGUUUGGGUAAACUGUGGACUUGAUACCAGAUGGCUCUCAUCCAAAAGGUUGCUAUGUUUUAUCUGCUGUUGUAAAAGGUUUUUCACAUGCAUACCUUAUAUACAGACUGUAUUUGAAGAUAGCUCAUAUCAGAGAUAUAGUACGGCUGCGUGCAUGAUUUAUCAUUGGACAUAUUCCAAAUCAGGGAAAAGAUGGACUUGAAUCAACAAAGAUCCCUUACGAUAGAAAUUAAAUGUUUGACCAACUUCUGAAUCUUUAAAAUGGAUCUAUAAUGAUGAACUGUGUUGAAAUCUUUUGGUCCAAUGAAUGCAAAUGUCGACAUUUCAAAGUUGAAAACCUAAUUAUUAUGCUUGUGAACAUUGACUUGAUUUCAUCGCAUCUUUUUCUCAUCAUGUCGUGUAAUUUCUGUAAGGUGUUAAAUGUUUAAUAUACUGUAAAUCUACUUGCAUAUAUUGCUGUAAGAGUAACUUUAUUUUAGAUUGUCAGUGUUUCCAGAGAUGUUGGAGCUGUUCCCCAGCCCCUUUUAAAGUGAAGGUUUUUUUUCCUUUCAUUUUCUCGUGCUGAAGGUUAACUGAAUGUAGCAUUUUCCAGUCACAACUGUUGGCAGUGUUUUUAGUCCAGAGAAGCACAAUGUUGUUACAGAUUUUAAAUGCUGCACAUUUUGAGAACUUAAACAUGUUCAGUUUCCUGACCACAAUACCUUUUAUGUAGAUCCUCAAUCAGUGAGAGAGAGAAAAGAAAUAUAGUAAAUGUUACCUUUGGUAGACUUAACUUCUGAUCAUUGUCCCCUAAACCUCUCUGACUGCAUCUAAUAAGUAGUUAGUUCAUCUUGUGUGCUCAAAGGAUUCUAUAAACUCCCUCAUCAAUAACAUCUACACAAGCUUCAAUCGACCAAAUCAAAUAAAGUGUCAAUACAGCCAAAGCAAUUCCAGGCGACUCAAGGUGGAAGAAGUCAUUUACCUUUGCAUUAACUUAAAUAAGUAUUUUUUAAGAGAAUAUCAUGGUGAAACAAAUGGUCUUUGAUUGUUUUGCAGUACAUUUGGGUGAUUUGAUGUUUAACUAACUGGAUGAAAUAAAGUUGAUGAAACUUA